AAAUAUCUAAAUCUAAAUCCAAAUGUAAUAAAAGUGAAAGAUCCUACCUCAGAAGUCAGAACACAACCACACACACCUCAUCGGAAGACACCGCGGACGACAUGGCCACCGCCGUGACCGAUAUGGCCCGCCGCCACACGAUUAGCCAAAUACUGGUGGACCUCGUCAAGUUCGCCGUCGGUUCCGCCAUCGACGGCUCUCGCAAAAUCAUCCCUGGUAGGAAGCAGGUAGAUAAGAUGGUGCCAGAAGGAUUGGCAAACAUACCCUUGCCAACCCCUAUAAAUACCAAGAAACACCCUGAUCUAAAGGUUGCAAAUAACCUCAAUUUUGAGACAAAAAUGGAGGAAGUGAAGGAAGACUUGAAUUACAUAAAGCAACAGUACAAGACAUCAACCAAACGUGUUGAGGAGUCACAGCCUCCAAAAGAAUCAGAGGAUGGCAUUAAGGAAAUCAAUCUUGUGCAGAGCAAUGGAAGGAGAGUAUUCAUUAGGUCUCGUCUAUAGAAUGGAAUUUACAUAACUUAUACUAGAGAUUCUCUAUAUUAUAAGAUAGUACAACAUAAUAUGUCGCCACUUGAGGUGUACCAAGUCUCUUAGGUCCUAUAACAUGUCCUUAAUAUCUCAAUAGUAUUAAUAUCAUAUAACAUGCCCUAUAACAUCUAUUUUUCAAUGUCCUGUAUGUAUAAUGUCGUAUUACAUCUGUUUUUCAAUGAAUAUACUGCAAUUUACAAACCCCUCAUGCUUUUGCUUAUUUCAGUUAAAGCAGAAAAGUUGGGGGCAUAGUUAUGUUUUAUAAACUGGACGGAUUGGUUAGAUUAUAAAGUGUGAACUAUGUAUUUGUUAUGAACAUUAUUCAAUUGGUUUUGCUAA